UUUGCUCUUAAAAGUUCAUUUAAAUUUAAUGGCUCGACCCCCAAUUUUCGCCCAUCCACAGGUCGCACACACAAUGCCAACUAUGCGCUCUACCACAUCGGCCAGCCGGCGACGGGGGCUGUCAAACAAUUCGCCGAGACGGGCAGGACGGACCUCCUGGACAGUAAUGCCGGCGAGCAGCAGCAACAGCAAAUGCAGCUUCAAUCGCAGACAGGCAAAUCCCCGCCAGGUGGAUCCGCAGCCGCAGCCGCAGCAGCCACGGCCACGGCCACAGGCCCCCCAACGGCAGGGGCCGCCAGCGAGCGCAGCGUAUUCGACGAGUUCAGCCUCCCGGCGAUUCAGUUGGGGGCCGGACGCAGCGAGGCGAAGGUGUUUGUCGACAGCAAUCACAGCCUGGUGUCGCUAAUGACGCGCAUUGUGCCCUCGCCGGACUGGUUCAUAGGCGUCGAUUCGUUUGAGCUCUGUGUGGGCGGCUCCUGGAUAGACACGGUGACCGUUGAACUGGAUCCUCUUGAUGCGGGCACCGACAAUGGGUUCACCUUUACGGCACCCAACUGGCCGACAGCGCCACAGGGUGUCAUUUACAGGAUUACCUCCCGCUAUCCGGGCCAUCCGGCGGGCAGUUUCUAUUAUCCGAAGAGCAAGCGACUGCCGCCCAUUGCCACGUUCCAGUUCAUCAAGCUGAAGGAAUACGAGCUUAGCGAGGUGUUCAACAUUGCCGAGGACGAUCGCAAAUAUGAGACGGUCCAGACCCAGACCCACCUCGAUGCCGAGCACAGCCACGUGGAGAUGAACAACGAGCUCUCGGCCAGCAUCGAGCGGGAGCGCCAGACGGAGCAGCAGCAACAGCAGCAGCCACAGCAGCAGCAGCAACAGUUGCAACAGCAGCAACAACCGUUUCAGCCAUUCAACGAUGAGAGGCAGCGCAUCCGGUCGCAGCUGCUGGCCAAAAUGAAUCCCAUCUACAGCGGCGGCAACAAUAGCCAGCAGCCACCGCAGUUGGGCAGCGUUGUGCCCAAGAACGAUAAGCACGCCAUCUUGCAGAGCAUCGCCAGCAGCUAUCGGCGUGCCACGGAUGCCACAAAUAUCAACACCACCAACCUGACGGCUUCCUCCGCAUCUGCAUCCGCAUCCGCACCACAGUCACGGUCACAGCCACAAGCAGAGCCCCAGGCCCCGUCCGUGGGCAGGGGAAAUCUAUCCCGUCGUCGCUCCCAGUCGCAGAGGCGUCGCGACUGCCGGGUCAGCCACUGGUCGGAGUGGACGGCCUGCAGCAAGAGCUGUGGCAUUGGGGAGAUGCAUCGCUAUCGGAAGGUCAUCAAGCACGGCAAGCGGGGCGGCCGUCCGUGUCCGGCGCUGCAGCAGUCCAAGUGGUGCGGCACCGAGCGCAACUGCCACGGCCCCCAGACCUACUUCAACUGGUCCGACUCUGACACAUGAACGAGCCCCGGAGUGGAGCAGGCGCAGGCGAUAUAAAUAUAAUUUUAAUUUACGGCGUAAGAAUUGCUUUUUCUGUGCGAACAAGAAGAAGGAACAGCAAAGAACAGGAAGGAGGAGCAGGAGGAUACCUGCCCCAAAAAUGAGAUUUUAAUUUAAAUUUAGAUUACGAUACGAAAUUGAUUUUAAAGCAGCACCAGAGCCAUGACAUCCCAGAGACAUCACUGGAGAAUCGGGGUGUAUGGAGAGAGGGGAAGGGUGGAUAAAGGAGAGUGGAAAACUGGAAUAAAUUGCAUAUGAAACACAGAGGAGCAAGGGGAAGACUACUGACAAUAUUUAACACAAAAAAAGGAUUUAGACAAAGACAGGAGGCAGAUGGGAGGCCGAAGGGAGGCCCAAGGAUACAUCAGGCCGGCAGCAGUUCGAAAUUUUCAACCUAUUUCUGAUUUCAGCCUCAUUUCGAUUCGACUUUCAGUUGCUUUAGCUCUAAAUAAUAUAUGUAAAAAUCAACACAAAAAAAUAUAUGAUAUAAAACAAAACCAAACAAAAGAAAAAACAGUAGACGUACAAAGCAUAGAAAGCAAAUCAAAUUAAACAACAAGCGUGAACAUUUGCAUAUACCCAAACAAGGAAACCCAAACCAAACCGGAGGAAGCCCCAAAGAAGGAAACCAAACCAAAUACAACAGCGCCACACUUCGUCACAAUCGUACGGGGAAGCGGCCGUGGACCGGAGUGUACACCGGAGUGCGUACCGGAGUGUCUGGUGGUUCAGCAACUAAGCUAAUAUUAGACGUAAACUAAGCUAAUUGAUAACAUUAAAUGGAUUGCAAUAAAAGUCAACCACAAAACCGAAA